AUGGCGUCCUCGGCGAACAAGCAUUCCGAUGCGCACGAGCACAACUACACCAUGAUGCAAGCCUUCGAGUGGUACACUCAGGGCGAGGGCAAGCAUUGGAAGUGGCUCGGUGACAACGCCAAGCGUUUCGGCGACAUGGGCAUCACCGCCGUCUGGAUCCCUCCUCCCACCAAGGGCGCUUCCGCCUCGAGCACCGGCUACGACAUCAUGGACACGUGGGAUCUGGGCGAGUUUCCCAAUGCCGACGACAACAGCUCGACCGCUACCAAAUACGGCACGCGCGCCGAGCUCGAGGCUGCCAUGAAGGAAUUGAGGAACAACGGCAUCUCGAUCUACGUCGAUGCGGUCCUCAACCAUCGCAUGGGCGCCAACGAGAAGCAGACGUUCAAGGCCCGGAUGGUCGACCAGAACGAUAGGACCAAGUUCAUCGGCGAACCGUACGACAUCGAGGGCUGGACCAAGUUCGAUUUCCCCAACCGCAAGGGCAAGUACUCAGACUUCAAGUGGGGCUUCGAGCACUUUACCGGUGUCGAUUGGGACGCCAAGACCGAGACCAAGGCCAUCUUCCGCAUCGAGGGCGAGAACAAGCACUGGGCCUCCGAUGUCGAUAAGGAGAACGGAAACUACGACUUCCUGAUGGGCGCCGACGUCGACCACGCGCAUCCCGAAGUUGAGAAGGACCUGCUCAACUGGGGCGCGUGGAUGAUGCGCAACUUCCCCAUCGCCGGCUUCCGCUUCGAUGCGGUGAAGCACAUGUCGCGCGACUUCGUCCACGACUUUGUCAAGCACAUCCGCGAACAGGCGCGCACGCUUCGAAAGGAACGCGGCGUCGAGCCCGCCGACGAGUCCGAGGGCCCCAUCGCCUUCUCCGUCGGCGAGUUCUGGAAGGACAGCCUCGACUCGUGUCUCAAGUACCUCGGCAACUUUGGCGACGAACAAUUCUCGCUGUUCGAUGCGCCGCUGCACUACAACUUCAAGGAGGCUGGUGAGGCGGGCGAGAACUUUGAUCUGCGCAAGGUGUUUGAUGGGUCGAUCGUUCAGGCGCGCCCCAUCGAUGCUGUGACGCUGGUGGACAAUCACGAUACGCAGAAGGGACAGGCGCUCGAAUCGACCGUGCCCGCCCAGUUCAAGCCUCUCGCCUACGCGCUCAUUCUGAUGCGAACGGACGGCUACCCAUGCGUGUUCUUGGGCGACCUCGAUGGAUGCAACACCACGGGCAUCGACAAUGGCGAAGGCAAGGCCGACCCCAUGGCUGAUCUCGACAAAUUCGUCAAGGCACGCAAGUACUACGCCUACGGCGAGCAGAAGGACGCCUGGGACCACCCCAACUGCGUCGCCUGGUCGAGGCUCGGCACCAAGACCGACGACAACGACGCGGGCUACGACGCCAGCGCCACCAUCAUCUGCAACGGCUCCGGCCAAGGCUCCAAAUGGGUCGAGGUGGGCAAGAGGUACAAGGGCCAGAACUUUGUCGAUGUCAUCGGUUGGUUCCAGGGCCAGCAGAAGGUCAACGACGAUGGCUGGGUCGAGGUGCACUGCCACCCGAGGUCGGCUGCGAUCUGGGUGCCGGAAAACUCCAAGCACCGCGAGUUCUUUUGA